CUUUUUUUGUUGCGAGAGAUUUGUGUUUUGGUGUAUUUGAUUAAAAAUCUCAUCUUCCGUUAUUGUUCUUUACACUUUUUUUGCACAAAAUCUUCAAACUCACAACGUUUCAACGUAUUGUUUAACUAGGUACCCUGUUAUCAAAAGGAAGGCAAACUAAACAAGGCAAUCAUGGCUCACUACAAAGGUGCUGCUUCAGAAGCUGGCAGAGCCAUGCACCUGAUGAAGAAACGGGAGAAAGCGCAACAGGAAAUAGAACUGCGCAAGAAGAAAAUUGAGGAAGAUUUGAAAAUAGAUAACAUUGAAAACAAGUUUGCAACGCACUACGAUGCCGUAGAGCAGCAACUAAAGAGUUCCACGAUAGGUCUGGUAACUCUCGAUGAGAUGAAAGCGAAACAGGAGCACAUAGUUCGCGAAAGAGAGAAAAAGCUGGCUCAGAAAAAGGCUGAAAAAGAAAAGGAGAGACAGAAGGAAAUUGAAGCGAAACAGGCACAAAAAAAUAAACAAAAAAGACAGAUCCAGGCAUUGUCCUUUGAUUUAAAUGAAGAAGAGGAGGAAGAUAGUUUGUCUGAUGAUGACACAAAAAAACCUGAAACUAGUUGGAAAGAGAAGGAACCAGUAAUAAAAAAAAUUAAGAAAAAUCCCGAUGUUGAUACCUCGUUUUUGCCUGACCGCGAGAGAGAGGAGGCAGACUUGAAGUUACGUGAAGAACUCCGACUGGAAUGGGUGAUGACACAAGCCAGCCUCAAAGAUGAGCCUAUCACGGUCACAUUCAGCUACUGGGAUGGCUCUGGGCACAGAAGGAAUGUCACUUUAAAGAAAGGUAACUCCAUCUACCAAUUUCUCCAAAGAUGUUUGGAUACACUGAGGCCUGAGUUCAGUGAACUGAAAACAGUUUCAGCUGACCAACUUAUGUAUGUUAAAGAAGAUCUUAUACUGCCUCAUCAUUAUACAUUCUAUGACUUUAUUGUUACCAAGGCCAGAGGGAAAAGUGGUCCUCUAUUCCAAUUUGAUGCCACAGAUGAUGUCAGAUUAGUAAAUGAUGCUACACAGGAGAAACAGGAUUCACAUGCUGGAAAAGUACUCCUUAGGUCAUGGUAUGAAAGAAAUAAACACAUUUUUCCUGCCUCCAGAUGGGAACCAUAUGACCCCACUAAAACAUACUCAAAGUACACCAUUAAAGGAAAGUAAUUUUAGCAUAAUUAUGUACAAUAAAUAUAGAUUACUUUUAUAAAGCAAUCUUGUUCACUUUAUAGGCCUGUUAGAGCAAUAAAUAAGUAUAUUUAUGACAUA